UUUGUGGUCUGUCAACACACUGUCAUAAAAGGCACAGUCAGAUUGUCAAAUCUCCUCAGUCACCAACUGGAAUGAAACACUCAGGAUUGAGACUAACUUCAGAGUUGAUCUGCAACAUAUUGGGUCCAGAAGAACUGAGCUUAACUUCAAUAUGGACCAGAGACUGAAGAGAGGAGACUUGCUCACAGGUGAAGACUCUGCUGAGACUAGGGGCAGAGAAGAGGGAGAUCCCCCAUCUAAACAACCUUGGUGUGGGGACUAUGAUGACCAGACCAGUCCUUGGAGACCCAAGCUGCAGCCAGAGCCACCUGGACCUGGGCAAAGCUGUGUGUCUUUGAAGAGCGAUCACUCGAUGAGUAGACCGAUUGACUUCAGAGGAGGAGCGGAGUCUUCAGGUCUGAGAGUGGAUCACCACGUCUCAGAGCAUCUCAGUCAACAACAUCUCUCACAUCUGGAGUCCACCCGGACGCGGCUGGAGGAGAAGUUCCUUGGCUAUGUAGACAGAGUCUGGAGGCUUCUGAGGCCAGGUGACCCAGAACCUCCAGAGGCUGAGAAAGAAGGGAAAGGGAAUAGCAUCAUGGAGGAAAUUCUGAGGAUUGCUGUUCAUUUCCUGAAGGACAUGGAGGAGGAGGACCUGGCCGAACGUCUGUGGAGCAGAAGUCAUGCUGCUGAUUGUGGACGUCGACUGAAGAAGAGGCUGCAAAAGAAGUUCCACAGUGUGUCUGAGGGGGUCCCUAAAGCAGGAAACUCUGUCCCCCUGAAUCAGAUCUACACAGAGCUCUACAUCACUGAGGGGGGCACAGACCAGGUCAACCAGGAGCAUGAGGUCCGACAGAUCGAAGCAACAACCAAGAACCAGACCAGAGCAGAAACAACCAUCAAACAAGAAGACUUCUUCAGAUGUGCAGAUGAAACAGAACGACCAAUCAGGAGCCUGCUGACGAAGGGCGUCGCAGGCAGUGGGAUGACCCUCCUGAUCCAGAAGCUGACUCUGGACUGGGCUGAAGACAAAGCCCACCACAACUUCCAGCUCAUGUUUCCAUUCACCUUCAGAGAGCUGAACCGACUGAAAGAGAAGAAGUUGAGUUUGGUUGAACUUGUUCAUCUCUUCUUUCCUGAGGCCAAAGAAUCAGGACUCAGCAGCUUUGAAGGAGUCCAGGUUCUGUUCAUCCUGGACGGUCUGGAUGAGUGUCGACUCCUUCUGGACUUCAACAGUCGGGUCCUGACAGACGCUACAGAGUCCACCUCAGUGGACAUCCUGUUGACCAACCUCAUCAGGGGGAACCUGCUUCCCUCAGCUCGCCUCUGGAUCACCUCACGACCUGCAGCAGCCAAUCAGAUCCCUCCUGAGUGUGUGGACAUGGUCACAGAGAUCAGAGGGUUCACCGACCUUCAGAAGGAGGAGUACUUCAGGAAGAGGUUCAGAGAUGAAGAGCAGACCACCAUCAUCUCUCACAUCAGGAGAUCACGAAGCCUCUACAUCAUGUGUCACAUCCCCAUCUUCUGCUGGAUCACUGCCACAGUUCUGGAGGACAUGUUGAAGAGCAGAGAGACCAGAGAGCUGCCCAAGACCCUGACGGAGAUGUACAUCCACUUCCUGGUGGUUCAGGCCAAAGUCAAGAAGCUCAAGUACCAUGGAGGAGCUGGGACAGACGAGGUCUGGACUCCUGAGACCGGGGAGAUGAUUAAGUCUCUGGGAAAACUGGCUUUUGAGCAGCUGCAGAGAGGAAACUUGAUCUUCAAUGAAUCAGACCUCACAGAGUGUGGCAUUGAUAGCACAGCUGCUUCAGUUUACUCAGGAGUGUUCACACAGAUCUUCAGGGAGGAGACAGGACUGUACCAGAACAAGGUCUUCUGCUUUGCCCACAUAAGUCUUCAAGAGUUCCUGGCUGCCCUUCACGUCCACCUGACCUUCAGCAAAUCUGGGGUCAACCUGCUGGACCUUCAAAAUCCCUCAGAGACUGAGGUAAAACCUGGUCUGAAACAGUUCUACCAGUCAGCUGUGGUCCAGGCCCUGGAGAGUCCUAAUGGACACCUGGACUUGUUCCUGCGCUUCCUCCUGGGUCUUUCACUGAAGACCAAUCAGAAUCUUCUGAGAGGUUUGUUGACACAGACAGGAAGUAGCUCCUGGACAAACAAGAACAUAUCAGAGCUCAUCAAGAAGAAGAUAAGUGAGGAUGUGUCUCCAGAGAGAACCAUCAACCUGUUCCACUGUCUGAACGAGUUAAAUGUCACGUCUCUGGUGGAGAAGAUCCAACAGCAGCUGAAAUCAGGACGUCUCUCCAGACGUCUGUCUCCCGCUCAGUGGUCUGCUCUGGCCUUCAUCCUCCUGUCCUCUGAGGAACAGAGGGACGUGUUUGACCUGAGCCAAUACUCUGCGUCAGAGGAUGUUUUUCUGAGACUGCAGCCUGUGGUCAGAGCUUCAAACAAUGUUCUGCUGAGAAGCUGUGGACUGUCAGAGAGAAGUUGUCCACUUCUGUCCUCAGUCCUCAGCUCCCCGUCCUCCAGGCUGACACACCUGGACCUGAGUGACAACCAGCUGCAGGAUUCAGGAGCGAAGCUCCUGUGUGCUGGACUGGAGAGUCCACACUGUCACCUGGAAACUCUGAGGUUGAGACUCUGUGGCCUGUCAGAGAGCAGUUGCCCGUCUCUGUCCUCAGUCCUCAGCUCUCCGUCCUCCAGUCUGACACACCUGGACCUGAGGGACAACCAGCUGCAGGAUUCAGGAGUGAAGCUCCUGUGUGCUGGACUGGAGAGUCCACACUGUCACCUGGAGACUCUCAGUCUGUCAGGGUGUCUGAUCUCAGAGGAAGGCUGUGCUUCUCUGGCCUCAGCUCUGAGAUCCAACCCCUCCCAUCUGAGAGAGCUGGACCUCAGCUACAAUAAUCCAGGAGGACCAGGACUGGAGCAGCUGUCUGCUGGAGUGGAGAGACCAGACUGGAGGCUGGAGACUCUCAGGGUGGACCACAGUGGAAAACAGAGGUUAAGACGCAGUCUGCUCAAGUAUGUCUCUCCUCUCACACUGGACCCAGACACUGCCCACCAGCGCCUCCUACUGUCCGACAACCACAAGAGAGUGAGACACGUCAGAGAAGACCAGGAGUAUCCAGAACAUCCCGACAGGUUUAUCGAGUGUGAGCAGCUGAUGUGUCGAGAGGUUCUCAUUGGUCGAUGUUACUGGGAGGUGGAGUGGAGAGGAAGAGUCCGGAUCUCAGUGACUUACAGGAGAAACAGAAGAGAUGCCGAGUGUCUGUUUGGAGACAACGAUCAGUCCUGGAGUCUGGACUGCUCUCAUGGUGGUUAUUUCGUCUCUCACAAUGGAAAGGAAACGGUGAUCCGGUCCAGCUCUGUCUCUAAGAGAGUUGGAGUGUUUGUGGACUGUGCAGCUGGAUCUGUGUCCUUCUACAGGGUCUCCUUCGACGCGCGGGACCACCUCCACACCUUCUUCACCUCCUUCACUCAGCGACUGUACCCAGGCUUCUCACAUUGCCCUGAGUCUUCCGUGACUCUGUGUGACUUGACCUGGGCAGCUGCUGUGUAGUGUGUGCAUGCUGUUUUCCAUGUUAGAAUAUGUUUGUUCUGCUGUCCAUGAGACACCACUGUAAACAAUGUAUUGCACAUGACAGGGCUGUCGAUGGCGCAGUGAUAGCCUCCAAAUAAACCACCUAAGAUCAACAAUAUCACAGGGAGCAAAGUGAAAGACGCUGGUGUGGAGGACGGCAGUGCUGAGCUGCUCAUACGUCACUUGUGAUUGGAAACACAUGAUGACCUCAGCAAGUGUUGUCUCAACGCUUAGCUUCAUUUUCUUUGUGCUGAGCUGCUUUGUCAUUAUAUUUGCUGCUUUGAUGAACUUAAUAUUGUCUUUUUUUUGAGAAAUUCAAAGUUUCCAACAGCUAUUAAA